CCGUCGGCCCAUGGUCGUUGUGCGCAUGCCCGGCGAACGGCCAGUCGCUGUGUGUAUGUUCGGCAGCUCAAUGGCGGAGGAUUUGCAGAUGGUGGAAGAUGUGCGGAUUGACCCGGGCGGGUUGUUUAAAUAUGUUUUAAUCCGGGUUUGGCAGGCCAACGGGAGCGGCCAAGAGAAGAACAUCGUGCGGGGCUGGGCUUCGGCAGAGUAUCACGCUGACAUCUAUGAUCAAGUGUCUACCUGGAUUGAGAAACAGGGUCUGCAUUGUGAGUGCCAGGGUGGUGGUCGAAUUAACCACAAUAGUGCAGAGAAGAAGAUCCACGUGUAUGGAUAUUCCAUGGGCUUUGGCCGGGCAAACCAUGAAAUAACAACAGCAAUCCUGAAAUCCAGGUACCCAGACCACAGUGUGACCUGGGCAAAUGAGGGUUACUGAGGUGGCCUGAGUCUCACUGCUCUGUCUCCUGGGCCGGUACAGCACAACUGCUCCAGUGCGUGAAGGCUUGUGUCAGCAGCUCAGCUCAUUUCUCCGCAUUCUGAAAGCCCUGGAUGGAGAUGCACUGAUUAUGUUUGAUUGAUAUCUGAAUUAAAUUAUCACUGAACCUUC